GUUGACGAAUCUCUACCGAAGAGGUAUGGUCCUAAGUGCUCACCACCAUAUACAAGAUGGAUGUACCAAUGGGACAUUACACUCCUUUAAGCCAUUCUCUUUCAACAAGACGGAUGUACCAAUGUGCCAUUGUGCCCAGAUGCAUGUGCAGAACUUUACAAAUGAAAAUACUGAAAAGUGCUACAAUUGGCCGAGAGUUUGCAAGGUGAAUUGCCUUGACGGCAGCUAA